UUUAUGGAUAGGCGGGGCUUUGUAUUUGAAGAGCGAACGGAGAUGGGCGGAGCUUCAGAAUGGCAGCCAAUCCCCGUCCACCUGCUGGGCGGAGAUACUAACAUGAUGUGGCUCCAACUUGGCAGGACCGCCACGGUGGGAGGAGCUUCAGCCUGAGCGGCGCUUUGAGCUGGGUGGAGCUCGUAAGUGGGCUUCGCGGCAGGCUUGGGCUGGACGGGCGGUUCCUCUGUGUUUUCACCUUCCCAGCCGUUGAUCCUUUUCUUUGAAAAUUGGCCUGUUUCUCCCGGUUUCGCUGCGGGGACGUGUACACUAUGUGGGCGGAGUGAUCUGCAGCGAUGGGCUCUUUGCUGAGGCUCGGCAAACUCCAGGCUCCACUUUUCCGAUGUUUCCUUCAAUGUUACAAAGUGUCUGAUCCGGGUUCUACCACCACAAAAGAAAUCUUCUCAAAGAUUCUCUCCAAGAGGCACCUUUGGGCACCGGGCAGAGUUGUCUACUACAGCACACUAUCUCCCUCUAAUGAUCUUUCCGUAGAGUACAAGCAUGGCCGCCCGGUACUGGCAGUACCCUUGCCCUCCAGGAACGAGCGCUGCCUCUUCUUCCUGCGGCCCAUGUUGAUGGAUGUGACAGACUUCCUACGUGACAUUCAGAAGGAAGACCCUGGAAUCCAUCGUGCCGUGGUUCUCACUGCAGGUGGGGACCAGGUGUCUGGCACCACAUCCAUUGACAGCCUGCUCAAGGGAGACUUCCACCUCCUCAUCAACGACAUCACCUUCAGUGUGCACUCCCCCACCCCCGAGAAGUCAUCUUCUGAACGUGCAGCAGACAUCCAGGACAUGAAGACCCUUGUCCAUAUGCUGUACGCUGCCAUGCAUCUACCACCCCACCAGCUGCGCAAGGAAAAAGAGCUGCUGCAGAGACUGGACUUCCUGAGACAGGAGCUCACCCCGCUGGAGAAGCAGGCCAAGGACGAGGUUGUUCAAAGGGCCGAGUUGAAAACCACCAGGGUUUUGUGGACCGGCCUAGCCCUGAUGUCUGUGCAGACCGGCGCCCUAGCUUGGCUCACCUGGUGGGUGUACUCCUGGGACAUUAUGGAGCCUGUCACCUACUUCCUCACCUACUCCACCAGCAUUGGGAUCUUUGCGUACUACAUUCUCACUAAGCAGGACUACGUGUAUCCAGAUGUUAAAGACAGACAGUUUCUGCACUAUUUCUACAAAGGGGCCAAGAAGCAGCGCUUCAAUAUACAGAAGUACAACCGGCUGAAAGAGGAACUGUCUAUGGUGGAGGAGGACCUUCGACGGUUGAGGAGCCCAGUCAAGCUGGGGCUUCCCGUGGAACAAGUGCAGGCCAACCCGUGAAGAGAUCGGACAACACACAUUCCCGCAACCUGGUUGCCACAGAAAACACACGUGUGUAUGCUGAUAGUAACUAAUUAAUACGCAAAAGUGUACAAACUGGAAAAGACUGAGUCUUGCCAAAACACAAACAUUCACUCAAGGACACAGUCCACUAUUGCCACAUUUUAUUGAGUUUGUUGAUAGAAUGGUGGCUUCUCUUUCCCAACUUCCAACUUCAGUGACAUAACUUCAGUAUCAUUUACGAGAUGGCUUGGAAGUUUCAGAAAAAACACUGGAGUAAACUGUGUACUAACAGAAUAGCUUUCUUCUGUGAGCCAUUAUGUUACCAUGCCAAUCACUUGAUAAAAAAAAAAUUCCAACUGCACAGUUCUUUGUAAAUAUCAACAAAUCUUGUUUUACCAAAUCAAGUUUCAGUGAAUGAGUCUUUAAAUACACAUGACUCUUAACACCAGAGAACAAUUAGUGAAGAAAGAGAAGCCCAAAGGAUUAUUAAACAUAUCUUUUGUCAGGAAAAAGACUAAAAUGUGGGCUGAUUGAAGUACAGAACCAAACUUGUUUUUCCUAUUACAGCUUUGGAAUGAACAUUCAAAAAUAAACUGGAAACAUUCCCAUCUUUGAAAA